AUGGUUGGAGGCAGUGAGGAGAUCGUAAAACUAGAAUAUACCACAUCCAGGCAACGAUCAAUUCGACCUUCGAAUUCUCCAAACACAUUUUCUCUUCCUUCAUUUUUCUAUUCCAUCGUUUUUUUCCUACAUUUUUAA